AUGGCUGCCGCGUCGAGCACUGUUGCUCCUGCUCCAGUACCGCUACGCAUCGUCGUCGUCGGCGAUGGCGGCGUCGGCAAGUCGUCGCUCACGAUGGCGAUUCUUCAACGACCCUUCUCCGACGAGUACGAUCCGACCGUCGAGGACGCCUACUCGACCGCGCUCAACGUCGACGGCGUCGAUUACCUCGUCGAGCUGAUCGACACGGCCGGUCAAGAAGAGUACCGCUACGCGUUGGAUCAGACGGCGCAGACGGGCGACGGCUUCAUCCUUGCCUACUCGAUCGACUCUGCCGACUCGUUCGAGCUCCUGCCCGACUUUCUCCACGUCCUGCGCAAGGCCAAGUCGCCGCACGACAACCCGUCGGCCGUCCUCUCGCCCGAAAACGCGCCUGCCGCCCCGUUCCUCGUCCUCGGCAACAAGUGCGACAAGCCGCCCGCCGAGCGCGUCGUGACGGCACAAGAAGGCCUCGCCUUUGCGCGCCAGGCCGGCGGCCUCUUUUUCGAGACGUCGGCCAAAUCGCGCGUCAACGUCGAGCCGGCGUUUCACGCGCUCGUGCGCGCGACGGCGCAGGCCAAGCGGGGGGGCGAGGGGCGAAGAGGGACGGGUGCGGCGGGUCUCCUCGGGACGCUGUCGCCCAGGUCGAGUGCGGUGGGCGGAGUGCGGUACGGGCAGGACGAGAAGAAGGCUGGCAGCGGCCCUGGGUUCCCGAGGGCGCCGACGAGGCCGAGGGACCCGAGCCUCGCAAUGGACCGGCGACGGAGCUUGAGCGUCGGUGGGCUUGGGCGGGACCCGAGCACGCUGCAUGACGAUCGCUCGAAAGGGUGCGGCUGCACCGUGUCCUGAGCGGGCAGAUCUGUCUCCCUCUCUCUCUCUCUUCUGUGUGUACCACUCUCUGCCGCACGAUCUCGCAAUCGUCUAUCUGCAACUGCAACUAUGCGCAUGACCAUGUUCUACUCGUCGUCGUCCUCGGUCCGGGAAGCGAGAGCCGCUCGGGCCGUCUCGAACUUGCUCCUCGCGAGCUCCUGCCAGGGCGCGACCCACAGCGAGCGCUCAAACAGCCUGAGCGCCUGCUCGUCGAGCGCGCGCUCGUCCUCGUCCGUCUCGGCCUCGGCCGCCGCACCGAGCGCGACGCCGCCGCGCAUGCGCGAGCGCCGGCUGCGCAGGUGCGCGUCCUCGACGCCGGGCACGCUCGCGCGCGUGAGCCGGCCGGCCGUCUCGAGCGUCGCGAGGUACGGCGCGAGCGGGUCGGUCGAGUCGGCGGGACCGUCGACGGGCGCCGUCUGGCACAGGAGGUGGGCGAUGCGGGACCGGGCGGCGGGCGUCCAGGGCGUGGCGUGCAGGGUGCGCGAGACGGUCGAC